AUUCUUGUCUUUUUACAUAAUAAAUAUCCUUUGUUUGUGACAUUUUAUUUAUUGCCAUGUUUAUUGGUAUUUGGUGACGUUUUACGGUUUACAUGACAACCAGUAAUUAUAUUAUCAAAACCACAAUACUGUGAUAAAAUAAUUGAAAUCCUCUUAUUUACGAAGAAAAUAAUGACGGAGAAAAAAUCCUUAAACAGUCUUAUUAUACAUCCAGACAUAGAGCCUGGUGUUAUUGAUAAUGCAAUGCUUAUAAGAUGCAUAUUAGAGUAUGGUCCGACUGAAGAAGCAGGUAGACUGUUCGCAGAAGAAGGCGUUCAUUUAGACGAGGCGCCCAUAGUACGCCUAGAGUUCCAAAAUAUAUUGAGAAUAGAUCACCUCUGGAUGCUAAAGUCGCUAAGAAAAUUAACUCUAGCCCAUAAUCUGAUAGAAAGGAUCGAAAAUUUAGAAUUAUUGAAAGGUCUAAAUGAACUAGAUUUGUCUUUUAAUAAGAUCGAAAAGAUAGAAAACCUCGAUGAACUUGUUAAUCUAGAAGUGCUGACGUUGUUCCACAAUAAAAUAAGGAAAUUGGAAAACAUGGAUACUCUACAAAACUUACUUGUUUUUAGUAUUGGUGAUAAUUUGAUUGAGGACUAUAAAGAGAUGAUAUACCUACGUAAAUUCCGAAAGUUGCGAUCAGUGAGUUUUAAAGGAAAUCCGUGUUGCGACGACCCGAUGACUUACCAUUUCCUCAAAGCAUCACUCACUCGAGUCACGUACCUAGAUUAUAAAACUGUUAGCGAAGAAGAGAGGGAAAAUGGACGUGGCUUAUUCAGACUUAUGCUCCGCAAAUUAGAUGAGGCUGAUGAGAAAACAGAAAAGGAAAGAAUAGCUAAAGAAGAAUACGAAGCUAGAGUAGAGUUCUACGCGCUGUCCUUUGUGGAGUACCUCAGCGGACCAGAGUUGAUAGAAUCUAUGUUUGAUAAAGAUCCGGACGGUACACUUUUGCUCAAAAUUGGUGGUGAAUUGAAUGGUUUUUAUGAGCAGUAUAAAGAACAAUAUGUGGAAACAAUGGCCGGUUUGGUAGAGUUCGCGCAAGAGGCGUACAACGCCAGGCAGCACGAAAUCAAACUGUUCAAAGACCUCGUAGAUAAUGCAUUGGAAGAGAGCGUUAAGAAGAGUAAACUGGUGAUAGAAGAAUUCGAAAGCAAGAAAAAACCACUGGCAGAUCAGAUGAACGAGUUGAUUACAAAGUUUACGACAAAACAGGCGACAAUAGAGCAACUGGAGCAGACAUUGGUGGAUCUCGGAGAGACGUUCAACGAAGUCUUGUAUCAAUUGUGGAAGAGUCUGAUGACCAUUGAGAUGCAGUUGUAUGAGCAAUGUGAGGAAUCCCGAGUACAAUUCGCGGUAAACAUGACAGAAAUGGUGACUAAACUACUGGAGGUGUCGCGGAAUGCGUUCGGGGCGUGGCGAGAACACGAAGGAGUGUGGACUAUGCGGCAGAUCGAGGCGCUCACUAAACUUCUAGGAAAUAAGAUUUUAUUGGGAGACGCGCCGCCUGAAUUAUUUGAGGCGAUGAUGGACCGAGACAUGAUGAUGAAUCUAGUUGCUCAGUCGUCGGACAAUCACCUGCGGUUUAUAGAUGCGCGCGAGGAUUUGCUCAUGACACGAGCGAAUAAAUGGCGCGAUGAUCUUGUUCAAGGCACUAACGACAAUGAAAUCAAGCGUAACCGCGACAGAAUACUGGAAAUCAACUUUUUCAUAGACAACCAGCGCGAAGACUGGACAGAUAUGCAAAUGGGACUUACGGAGACAGUGGAUCCGGAAACUGCGGCUUUGCUCGGAGAAGAUUUUUAAAAAUUAAAUUAUAUUUUAUUUUUCA